AGCCGCUCGCAAUCCGUUCAGUUGCGCGGAUGGUUCAUGGAUACAAUUUCUACAAAUGAAGUUACUUAACGGACAUGCGCGAGAUUCUUUUAUCACCAAUUGCCCAUUACGAUUGUUUUUUGUUUAUGGAACAUAAGGAAAGUUUCGGUUGUUAUGCAAUAGCGCGCUAGAUUCGGGAGUGACUUUAUUAAUUGUGGUUUUAUUUUUGUAUCAGUGACGGUUUUUCUUUUUAACAAUUUUCAGUUUUGUGACAGUUCUUGGAGGAUUUCAUUGCAACGCUGUCAAGUAAAUCUAGAGCCAGUGAUUUGCCGCCUUUGCAGAUGGGAGUGUUUGAAGAGAGGGCUUCUCACACACCCGGGAUGCAUUGGCAGCAGCACGAGCAGUACAUUGGUCCGGCGUAUGAUCCUUCGCGCGACCUUUCGCCGAAUCUUCCUUCGUGCGAAUCGUCAAUGGGGGAUCCGGAGCAAAGCAUCUCCAGUGGAAGUUCUUGCAGCACACCCUCUAAUAACAAUCAUCAAUCAUGCGGUUCCGAGAUUUGUAGACCGCCACACGUUUCUUCCGGACUGCCACAGCAUCAGCCUCAAAGAUCUAUUACACCCGCGGAACUCUGUAGACCUCAUUCAUCGUUCGAUCAGCACAUACCAAAGAUAGAGCCUCUACAGUCGAAUACUCCGCCUGAAUCACCGGCAGCUAGCUGCAUAGAUGAAAACGGUACUCAUUGUGCCGGUUGUGGAGCAAGAAUAACUGAUAGGUACUAUCUUCAAGCUGUAGAAAGAAGGUGGCAUACUUCUUGUUUACAGUGCUGUCAUUGUAGACGAACAUUGGAAGGAGAUAAUUCAUGUUUUUCCAGGGACGGUAAUAUAUACUGUAAAAAAGACUAUCAUAGAUUGUUUAGCAUGAAGAGUUGUGCUCGGUGUCACGUGACUAUUCUAUCCAGCGAACUGGUGAUGCGUGCAAAAGAAUUCGUCUUCCACGUCCAUUGUUUUUCUUGUGAAAUGUGUAACGCCAUCUUGACAAAAGGUGAUCAGUUCGGUAUGAGAAACGGUUCAGUGUUGUGCCGCGUCCAUUUCGAAUUGUCGAUGCCUACCGGUGGCGGCAUCUACCACCCCCAUUAUCCGCCUCCAUUUCCCAGUCCCGAUUUCAAUUCACACCCGCCACAUCCCUCACUACCUCCACAACAGACUUCUGUAGAUACGAUCGGUAAAGUUCCUCCCUUCUUUAACGGUACGCCGACGACGCCGAGACAGAAGGGACGACCACGGAAAAGAAAACCCAAGGACUUGGAAGGGAUGACCGCAAAUCUGGAUCUGAAUUCGGAUUAUUUGGAUAUGUCCUUCGGACGGUCCCCUGGCACUCCGGGAUUACACGGGUCGAGUCAAAGGACGAAAAGGAUGAGAACGUCCUUCAAGCACCACCAACUAAGGACGAUGAAAUCCUACUUUGCGAUAAACCAUAAUCCAGAUGCCAAGGAUCUCAAACAACUAUCUCAAAAGACUGGUUUACCUAAAAGGGUCCUACAGGUGUGGUUCCAAAACGCCCGAGCAAAAUGGCGGAGAAUGAUGUUGAAACAAGAAGGAAAAUCGGGUGGUGAUAAAUGUUCCAGUGCCGAUAGUAUGACGGAUAUGGACCUCUAUCCUCACGGCCCCGGUUCUAUAGGCAGCACUAUUUCAAUGAACCCCCAUAGUCCACCGUUUAUCAUGCCGCAAAGCAGUCCCUCAUCUUUAGAUUGUUCCUGAGAAAAGGGCCGUUCUCCCGUUCAGGGAUCGAAUGACUUCGUGGUGAAGAGAUGUAGCUGAAAGCGUAGUAUUUAUUUAGCGAACUUGAGAUUGUGAUGAACUGAUUUACUUACGUUAUUAAUAAUUUGGUAAAGAAAUUGAGAAUGGAUAAAAAUCUGUAUUUCCAUCAAUUAUUUACUUUUUGGAAAUAGUACUUUUUGAAUAGAAACGUUCAUUCAUAAAAAUUCUCUUUCUAUUAGUUUAUUUUCAAUAAUUUAUUUUCAAUAUUAAUUCUAGAUUUAAUUUAGUUCUUAUUUGAUAUUAAAAAAAUAUUUAUUACCUAAAAGAAUCUUUAUGAAAUUUAUACAAAAAAUAAAUAAUUACGUAAAUACAGUUUCUGAAAAGUAUUAUCUGGAAGAGACGGAAAAAAUAUGAUAAUUAUUCCAGGUUGUUUCGUAUUCAUUUUCAUAUUAACAUUUAUCAUAUUUUUUGUUGCCUCUUUCUCAAUAGAUUAGCAUCACAAUAAAUUUUGUACCUUAUGCAUUGGAAAAUGCAUUAAUUUUUAUAUUGUUAUAAAUUUUUAAUCAUAGCAAGAAUACGUUCCUAAUACUUGAUUUUUGAAUAAUUCAACUAUCAACAUAUUACAAUUCAUAACACAAAAAAAAUAAUAAUUGAAUUGUUUGUUCCUUAGAAGGUUGUGUUGCAAAAAUUGUGAAAACAAUAUUAUCCAAAACUAAUAACAAACUGUAAUUGCAAAUUAUAAACAUCAUUUUCAUUUUUUUCAAUUCAUUCUUUCAGUGCUUCACACUUGAAAUUAUUUCGACAUUAGAUUAAAAUAAGAGACAAGAAUAAUGAAUCGCAAUUAUAUUUUCAACGCGUGUUUCGAUAAACAAGUUAUCUCCUUCAGAUACCGAGGACAAACUGUAUACUGUUAUUUUGAAAUUUGUGCGCUGAAAGAAUUAAUAAAGUUGUAGUUCAACUACAAAACAUAAUUUUUCUUAGUUUGAAAAGAACGUCUUCCAUUAUGUAUAAAGACUAAAAUUCUUUUAUUUUUUCUCCAUAUUUCGCAUCAUUCUUGCCAAUCUAUGAUUAAUUUCAUGUAAAUAAAUAAAACUAUGUAUAAUAUUUAUAUUAUUAUAGUGCUACCUGUGAAUUUAUUGUAUAUAAUGGUGGUAGCGCAUUCCUAUUAAUUAUAUAAUAAAGUAUUUCACAACAUAA